AAAACAGGCUGUAAUUGAAACAUACACAUUAUUCCUCAACAACUUUAAGACAGCAAAAGAAGCAAUCAAGACCACAUGCCAAGCAAAACCUGCAUUUGCCAGAUUUCUGGAGGCAAUGGCAAGAGAGCACAAAGGGAAACUUGCACUGGACUGUCUGCUCAUCAUGCCAGUCCAGAGGAUACCACGCUAUGAACUCCUUAUUCAGACACUGCUGAAACAUACUGAUCCCGCACAUCCUGAUCACCAGUUGCUUCAGGAAGCACAAAAGGAAGUGCAUGAUCUUGCAAUGAAGAUCAACUGCACUGAACGGGAAACCCUGAAGGAGCUGGAAGCAUUAAUUGAAGGAUUAAUCAACCUGGUAGCAGCUGAACGCACCUUUAUUAGACAUGACCUUGUUACCAUGGUGUCUGGUCAGGGCACGUGUAAGGAGCGGGCGCUUUUCUUGUUCUCUGACUUACUUGUCAUCACAAGCAUAAAGCGAAGGAGUGGGACUAUCCGGAAACCUUCCACGAGCUGUCCUGGUAGUGUUGCUAGUACAUUGGAAGCGAACAAAUACAAGUUGCUGAUGCGGAUACCUCUGGAUGAUCUGGAAAUAGUCAAGGCCAAGGAUGAGAACUUGCGUCGAAUGCUGAAUGAGAUGGAAAACCUUGCUGAGGAUGUGGCAACACUGAAUCAGAUCAAUGAUCUCACUGUAUCUCUACAUUGUCCACGUGGUCAGCUGGAGGAAGUAGUUCGAGAAAUGCUUUCAUCUGUCAAUAAACAGCUUGCAGAGCGGCAGACAAGUGACUCGCAGCUCUCAUAUCUUGAGCUGACACUGAAUACACAAAAUGGAAUUGAGAACUUAUCAGUAGUAUUCACAAAACCAGAUAAGAGAACAAGUUGGGAGGAGUCGUCCAAUGAAACCAAACAGAAGCUGGCCCUCUCUGCAGACAGGCGUCCAUCUCCCGAAUUCCUGUCUCCGCUGCCCAUCCGUAAGACUCGGGCUGGCCUGCAGUUCACCUGUGCAGCUCCAACCCUUGGCCUCAACGCUUACAAUAUGCGUGAUGUUUGGGUGUGCAACAGUGAUGGCUAUGUCGGCCAGGUGUGCGUGCUAAGCUUGCAACCUGAACCAACUGUCAUCUCCUGCAAUGGGGUCUGCAAUGCUCGUAUUCUUUGCAUAGCCUCCAUUCCUGCAGGGAGAAUGGGGCCAAGUUCCAGUUGCAGCAUAGGACAGCCAUUCACCUACAGCAAAGCAGGAAUCAGUAUUUCUAUAGAGGACACCGAUGAGAGUGGAGGAAACACAGUUCAGCUUGACAGUAGUUCCUCCAGUGAUGAUGAGGAUGAAGGUGAGGAAGGGACGCCUGGAACAGGAAUCAGCAUUGGGGUUCAAGAGGACCUGAAGCGGAUACGAAGUGCGUCGGAUUCACUAGUAUGUGAGACAUCCAUUGUGACUGAAGACACAGACAGUUUGCAGCCCACAAUGUGGCUUGGAACAGAGGAUGGCUGUAUCCAUGUGUAUAAUUGCAGUGACAACAUUCGCAUUAAGAAGAACAAGGUGAAAAUACAGCAUGGAUCAUCUGUUCACAGUAUCAUUUAUCUAGAUAACAGAGUAUUUGUCUCUUUGGCAAAUGGUGACAUCACCGUGUAUGUGCGAGACCAUAAUGGUGGCUGGAAUACAACAGACCCAUUUACAGUGUCAGUGGGGACUGCAGCGACUCCAGUCACAAGGAUGCUGCCAAUAGCAGGCAAACUGUGGUGUGGCUGUCAUAAUGCUAUUAAGAUACUCAACACUGCUUCAUUGGAAGUGGAGGUGAGACUGAUUGAGUCUUGACAGCAGUAUACAGGACAUGGCGAACACAAUCUUUGCUUGGUG